AUGCUCCUUUCCACUAUCCUUGCUGUCGAAGCCAGUGACUCUGGUGGUGGCAAUCCCAAGGUCACCAACUUCAUGGUGGAAGCGUGCAAGAAUGCCUCAAAGAAAAACCAAUAUUAUGACCCCGACCCAAUGACGCGGGAGUUUUGUGUGUCAACCCUCAAGUUGGACAAUCGGAGCGCUGAGGCUAAGGAUCUCCAUGGCCUGGUACUCGUCGCCAUCAACAUACUAAAGGGUCAGGUUGCUGUUGCCAACGGCAAUGUCAAACAAAUGCUGCACAACACCAAGAAUGGCACGGUUGCAAUGUUUAACCUCAGUUUCUGUGUGGUGGACUACGACCGCACGGUGAGCAUCCUCAAUAUAUGUGAGACCAUGAUAAAUGAGUACCACGGUGGCACGGGCGGUUCCAAUGAUGGAUCGCGGUCUUCUGCGCUGCUCGCCUGUUUGAGGAAACUUGAUGAACCUCUCAACGACAUUUGGCUAAGACUUCCUGAUAAUUCGGACGCGGAAAAGUUGCCCGAUGAUUACGAUGCCGUGGGCAAGCUGGUCAAACUUAACUUUUGCCUUGCUAGCACCAUAUAG